AUGUUUGAUGACCUGUUGGUCAGGCUUACACCCCACUUGCAGAAGGACACCCACUACAGGAAGGCCAUUCCCCCUGGUCUCAAGUUAUCCGUCUUCCUGCGCCAUCUCGCCACUGGGGCCACCUAUGCCGAGCUGUCUUACAACUUCCGAGUGGGCAAGGAAACCAUCCAGAAAUUUGUCCCUGAUGUAGCCAGAGCAAUAGUGGAUGAAUGGAAUCUUCCUCACUGUCUGGGAGCCUAUGAUGGAAAGCACAUCCGUAUCAAGAAGCCCAACAAAUCAGGCAGCCUUUACUUCAACUACAAGCAGUUCUUCUCGGUUGUCCUGAUGGCUCUGGUAGAUUCAAAGUACCAUUUCCUGUUGAUCGAUGUGGGUGGGGUUGGCCAUCAGUCUGAUGCCCAGAUCUACAACAACAGUGAACUGAAGGAGUGCAUUGAAGCUGGCACUUUAGGCAUCCCAGAUCCAACAUCCAACAAGCAUCCAACAGCAGAAGAUCUUCAACUACAGGCUGAAAAAGAUAAAAGCAGGUGA